ACGUCUAAUUCUUGCGCCUUGUUCUGUGGCCCGGGUCGGUUGUCCAAAGAGCUUGUUGAAUUGUUUUUCCAGCUGUUGUGCCUUUAUUAUAAGUUCUGUGUCUUAGGGAUCCAUCUUGCCGGUCCGAGGUCCAAGAUGGACAAAGUCUGUGCGGUUUUUGGAGGCUCCCGGGGCAUCGGCAAGGCUGUAGCCCAGCUAAUGGCCCAGAAGGGUUACCGCCUGGCGAUCGUCGCCAGAAACUUGGAAGUGGCCAAAGCCACUGCGAGCGAGCUCGGCGGAAUCCACUUGGCAUUUAAGUGCAAUGUUGCCAAAGAAGGAGAUGUUCACAGUACAUUUGAAGAGAUGGAGAAACAUUUAGGUCCAGUAAAUUUCUUGGUAAAUGCAGCUGGUAUUAACAGAGACAGUCUUUUAGUAAGAACAAAAACUGAAGAUAUGCUGUCUCAGCUUCACACCAACCUCUUGGGCACCAUGCUGACCUGCAAAGCCGCUAUGAGGACAAUGAUUCAGCAGGGCGGGUCUAUUGUUAAUGUCGGGAGUAUUAUUGGUUUAAAAGGCAAUGUGGGCCAGGCCACAUAUAGUGCCACCAAAGGAGGGCUUAUCGGGUUUUCACGCUCGCUUGCUAAAGAGGUUGCCCGGAAGAAAAUCAGAGUGAAUGUGGUUGCACCAGGAUUUAUUCGCACGGAUAUGACAAAACACUUGAAAGAAGAACAUUUCAAGAAAAACAUCCCUCUUGGGAGGUUUGGAGAAGCUCUUGAGGUGGCACAUGCCGUUGUGUUUCUUUUAGAGUCACCAUACAUCACAGGACAUGUUCUUAUCGUGGAUGGAGGAUUACAGCUCACUGCCUAAUUAGAGAUGAUAUUACUGUAAUGGUGAUCUGGAUCAAGCACACAUUUUCCUAUUGAUUAGACAAUCAUAUCUAUAUGGGUGACAUUUGCUAAUGGAAACAAAUUAGCUAAUGGAUACUACAAAUGAUUCCAUCUUUGUAUGAACAUGUCUCAAAAACAAAGUGUGACCAGUUGUAAUCUAAAGGGUGUGAAGUCUCUGUCUUUAGAGGCAGUAGCAGUUUUAGUGCAUGGACAUUCUGUAAGGGCUACACAUCAGUAUUAAUUUCUAUAUUUUUGCCUUGGAAGUAGAAAAUUCUGUUGUCUAAUUGUGAUAUACCUGUAUCAAGCCGGAUGUUAAAGACUUCAGCCUUCU